UUCACUGCAAAGGGAGACACAGAGACAGAGAUUCGACUUCCAUUCACUGCAAUAUCUCCAUUUACCCCCCGGUUGUUUGUUGAGGAAAUCUUGCCGCUUAUUCGUUUUUCUUUUCAUUUUUAUUUUUUAUUUAAAAAAAAAAAAAAAUUCAUUUCUUGGUGUUUGGUUCUUUGAGGAUUUGCAAUUUGAAGUAUUGAGGUGAGUUUGAAGUCUCUCUCUCUCUGGCUUGAACUCUCUGUCUUAUUAUCCAAAUUAUUAAAAGAAAAUCUUUGUUGUCUAAGAGAUUGUUUGAGUGACAUAUUACUUCCAUUUCAUGUGAUAAGUUUUAUUUUUCAUUUCCCCUGUUGGGUAACAGAUAUUACUGUGAAUAUUCCUAUGUCUUUUGUUGGGUUCGAUUUUUGUGUGGAAUUUGAGUCAAUGCAGAGAAAAGAUAAGGUACGGACAAUGUCGAAGAUGAGAGUGGCAGUCAUUGGUUCUGGGAUUAGCGGGCUGGUCUCGGCGUAUGUUCUGGCAAAAGCUGGGGUGGAUGUGGUGCUGUACGAGAAGGAAGACUACUUGGGCGGCCAUGCCAGGACCGUCAACUUUGACGGCGUUGAUCUAGACCUUGGUUUCAUGGUGUUCAAUCGUGUUACAUAUCCAAAUAUGAUGGAGUUCUUUGAGAGUCUUGGAGUUGAUAUGGAAGCAUCAGAUAUGUCAUUUUCAGUGAGCUUAGACAAAGGCCAAGGUUAUGAAUGGGGGAGCCGAAAUGGUUUGUCGAGUUUAUUUGCACAGAAGAUGAAUGUGUUAAAUCCGUCAUUUUUGCAAAUGCUUAGGGAAAUCAUAAAGUUCAAGCAUGAUGUCCUAAGUUAUCUUGAUGUGCUUGAGAACAACCCGGACAUUGAUCGCAAUGAGACCUUGGGACAGUUCAUCGAGUCACGGGGUUACUCUGAAUUGUUUAAGAAAGCUUAUCUUGUACCAGUAUGUGGCUCAAUUUGGUCCUGCCCUUCAGAAGGAGUUAUGAGCUUUUCAGCUUUCUCUGUUCUUUCAUUUUGCCGAAAUCAUCAUCUACUUCAGCUCCUUGGCCGCCCACAGUGGCUUACUGUCAGAUGGCGUUCACAUUGUUAUGUGAAGAAGGUCAGAGAAGUUCUGGAGAGCGAAGGUUGUCAAAUUAGAACUCAAACUGAAGUACAUUCAGUUUCAACAAAUGAUGAGGGUUGCAUUGUAAUGGAUGGAGAUGGUUCUGAAGAAAUGUACAAUGGUUGUAUAUUGGCUGUCCACGCCCCUGAUUCUUUGAGAAUAUUAGGAGACCAAGCAACAUUUGAUGAAAUGAGAAUACUUGGUGCCUUUCAAUAUGUCUAUAGUGAUAUUUUCCUUCAUCGUGACAAAAGUUUAAUGCCAAAAAAUCAAGCAGCAUGGAGUGCAUGGAAUUUUCUUGGAAGUACAGACAGUAAAGUAUGUUUGACAUACUGGCUCAAUGUGCUUCAGAAUAUUGGUGAAACAAGACUACCUUUUCUUGUGACUCUCAACCCAGAUCAUACACCAAAACAUUUCUUACUCAAGUGGUCAACUGCUCAUCCAGUCCCAUCCGUUGCUGCAUCAAAAGCUUCGCUUGAGCUUGAUCAUAUCCAAGGGAAGAGAGGAAUUUGGUUUUGUGGGGCAUACCAGGGUUAUGGCUUCCAUGAGGAUGGAUUAAAGGCUGGCAUGGCUGCUGCACAUAGUAUGCUCGGAAAAAGUUGUGCUCUUUUGAGCGACCCGAAACACAUGGUACCUUCUUUCAUAGAAACUGGAGCGCGCCUUUUUGUCACUAGAUUCCUUGGAUGUUAUAUAUCUGCCGGAAGUUUAAUUCUACUUGAGGACGGCGGCACGGUAUUUACCUUUGAAGGAACCAAGAAAAAAUGUCAUCUGAAAACUGUUUUGAGAGUUCAUAGUCCCCAGUUUUACUGGAAGAUAAUGACACAGGCUGAUUUAGGCCUUGCAGAUGCAUAUAUAAAUGGAGAUUUUUCUUUCGUUGAUAAAAAAGAAGGUCUUUUAAAUUUUUUUAUGAUUCUUAUUGCCAGCAGAGAUGCAAGUUCGUCUAUCUCAAAAUUGAAUAAGAAAAGGGGCUGGUGGACGCCAUUGUUAUUUACGGCUGGUAUAACAUCAGCAAAAUAUUUUUUUCAGCAUGUUUCAAGGAAAAAUACUCUUACACAAGCUCGCAGGAACGUCUCUCGUCAUUAUGACCUGAGUAAUGACCUUUUUGCUCUGUUCUUGGAUGAAACAAUGACAUACUCCUGUGCUGUAUUCAAGAAGGAAGAUGAAGACUUAAAGGUUGCACAACUGAGAAAGAUCUCUCUUCUGAUUGAAAAGGCAAGAAUUGAUAAAAAUCAUGAAGUUCUUGAGAUUGGGUGUGGUUGGGGAAGCUUAGCUAUUGAAGUUGUCAAACGAACUGGAUGCAAGUACACUGGCAUCACUCUGUCUGAGGAGCAAUUGAAAUUUGCGGAAAUGAAUGUGAAAGAAGCUGGCCUUCAGGACCGCAUUAAAUUUCUUCUUUGCGACUACCGCCAAUUGCCUAAUACCCGUAAAUAUGACAGAAUCAUAUCUUGUGAGAUGCUAGAAGCUGUUGGCCAUGAAUUCAUGGAAGCAUUUUUUGCUUGCUGUGAAUCGAUAUUAGCAGAAGAUGGGCUUCUUGUUCUGCAGUUCAUAUCAAUACCAGAUGAACGUUAUGAUGAGUACAGGCAAAGUUCAGAUUUCAUAAAGGAAUAUAUAUUUCCUGGUGGAUGCCUUCCUUCAUUAAGUAGAGUAACAUCAGCCAUGGCUGCUGCAUCCAGACUCUGUGUGGAGGACCUAGAGAACAUAGGGAUUCAUUACUACCAAACACUCAGAUACUGGAGAAAGAAUUUUCUUGAGAAGCAGAGCAAAAUCCUCACUCUCGGGUUUAGUGAAAAAUUCAUUCGGAGGGAAUAUUACUUUGAUUAUUGUGCGGCUGGUUUUAAGACGCAUACACUUGGAAAUUAUCAGGUUGUAUUAUCACGUCCUGGCAAUGCUGCUGCGUUUGGUAAUCCAUAUCAAACUUUGCCUUCAGCAUGUUGAUUAUGUUCUCAAAGGAGAGACAAUCUUCAUAUUCCUGCCUGGACAAACUAUGGUCGAUUCUUUCUUUUUUGGUGGUCAUUAUAUUGCUUUUCAUUUGUUGUGCGUACGAGGGCAGACCAGAAAAGAAUUGCAUUCUUUGCUGA